AGGGUCAUUCUGCUGCUGCUUCUGCUUCUCCAGGCUGCAGUCUGGAGUUCGGACAGGAUGGAAGUGAAGGUGUUUGUGGAUGGCGUUCCACGCGUGGUCUGUGGAGUCACACGGGAAACAACCUGCCAGGAAGUGGUCCUGGCGUUGGCCCAAGCCCAGGGUCAGCCAGGCCGGUACAUCCUGAGGGAGAAGUUCAAGGACUUUGAGCGGUGCAUGGCGCCUGAUGAGCGCCUUCUAGAAACUCUGGAGAAGUAUGGGGAGCAAGCCAAGGAGGUGCAGCUGACACUUCAGAGCAGCGGCGCCACCCUCUGGGAUGAAUCUGGGAAAAAGGUGGGCAGGUAUCAGCCCUGUCCCCCCCUGAGAAGGAAAGAACCGGGAGCUAAAAUGAGGAGGGGGAGCGAAUCCGUGAUAUUGCAGCGCCAAAGUUUGCCACCGUCGUCAUGUUUCAGACAGGAAGCUGAGCAGAAGCAAAGCGACCCGAAAAGGCCCAAACGGAAGUCUCUGACGCUCAUGGAAGGAGCCAAGGAAUGGCUGGAAAGUUUAGGGAAAGGCAAAGCCUACAGCACUGCUGGAGACAAGGAGAACAGGAAGAAGGCCGAGAAGAAGAAGCGGGGUUCUCUGGAUGUUCUCCUCAAUGUUCACAGAGAGGGUCAAAGGAGCAAAGAGAAAAGUUCAGGGUCAGACUUGGACCAUCAACCGCCACGCUGCAUCAAAAAAGACGAGAAGAAAGAUGCAAGAAAAUCCCAAACAGCUGAAUUUGACCUUGGAAGACCUAGUUUUCCCACAGUGGAAGAUGAGAAGAACUCUCUGAGAGAAACCAUAGUGUGUCAGCUGUUGUAUCUGCAGGAUCUACAGGCCCGAACGCGUCAGACAGAGAAAGACAUUUCUGAGCUGGAGGAAAAACUGAGAUCCAAAAGAGCCGAACACGAAGCAGAAGACCAGCGAGCAGAAGAGGAGCAGCAGCAGAUCCGGUUCUGGGAGAGCGAACUGAGAGCAGAAGAAGUCUACGAGAAAGACCUGCAGCGUCAUUUCCUGGACUUGAAAGCCAAAGCUGCCGAGAGCAAAGCCAAACUGGAGGAGUACAGGUGUAAAAUCCACAGCGUGGACUUCUGCGUGGGUCUGAGCGGCGUUCAGGAGGAGCUGCCGGCCAGAUCUCCACCCAACGACCAUCUGCUGCCAUCUGCGCCAGAUGCAGAUCUCAACAGGAAGCCCCCACCCUCUGAGAAACCCCCCCAGGCCCAACAGCCUCCUAAUCAGAUAAGGGAGCGGCGCCUCACAGGACCCAAAGAGCUGAAGGAGUGGUGGACGCGCUGGUCCGAGACCCAGAACCUUCAGGCAGAGACCAAGACGAAGACGGUCCACCGCUCCGAACUCACCAUCUACCUGGGAAGCACUAAGGUGUAGAGUCAUGUGGGGAGGGGCUUCUUCCCUGCAAACAGGGAGUUUUAGUUCUUUUAUUUUGCUGAAAUAAACGUGCACAAUCAUUUCCUUCUGCAACAGUUCUCUUGAGCAAGGCACCAGGUGGUUCAGCUCAACCAGGGUCAGGAUUAUGGAGAGAAAAUGGACUCACUCAAAUUUGUGGGUGCAUAAUUCUUGAUUUGUGCGUAAAUUAGCAUUUGUGCGUGUGUAUUGCUGAGUUGUGCAUAAUUUUGGAU